AUGACAACGAGAGGGAGCAGAUCAGAGAAGGUCAAGAGGAUUUUCCACCAAUUCGAUGAAAACCAUGACGGAGGUCUCAACAGAGAUGAAAUGGCCGCGCUCGUUGUGGCGGUAAACCCUAGGGUCAAGUUCAGCGACGAGCAGAUCAAUGCCAUUCUCGACGAGGUCUUCCGGACCUACGGUGACUUCAUCGACGGCGAGAAGGGCCUCACCUAUGAGGGCCUCUUGCGGACCUACGACGACGGUGCCGGUGACGUGGACCGUGACUUCGACGCGCUCGGUUUGGAGCUCACCUUGGACGAGACCAAAGCUUCCAUGGCCUCCGAGGCCUCGUCGUCCUCGAUAGUCGACGAACGCCUCGUUGAGUCGCAAAAGAAGCAGAGAACGGCGGCCUGGGCGGUGUCACCCAACCACGGGAUCGUGUUCGACGACACGUGGAAGAUAGUCGACGAUUUAGAGAUUUUGGUGAAGAGGUUAAAGGCGAAGCAAGCCAAAGAUGGGAAAUUGAAAGCCGACAAUAUCGACGCUUUUUCCGAUGCCGGGUGGUCUAGAGAAUUGGGACCUUCUUCAGAGAUUUCGGAUAAAAGGGUAUUUUGGGAAGAGUCUGGGCACGAGUAUGCUGCGUUCGUUAGAGAAUUGGGGGUGUUAAGGAGCCGAGCCGACGGAGCAAGGUCACGUGAGCAGGCCUUCGAUGGUCACAUGGCGAUUGGGAGGGUUCUGUAUGAGCACCAGCUGUUCAAAGAGGCGUUGGUGAGUUUCAAGAGGGCUUGUGAGUUGCAACCAGUGGAUGUGAGGCCACAUUUCAGAGCUGGGAACUGCUUGUAUGUUCUUGGCAGAUACAAAGAGGCUAAAGAUGAGUUUUUGUUGGCGCUCGAGGCGGCGGAGGCCGGUGGGAACCAGUGGGCUUAUUUGCUUCCACAGAUUUAUGUGAAUCUCGGGAUUGCGCUUGAAGGUGAAGGUAUGGUUUUAAGUGCUUGCGAGUAUUAUAGAGAAGCUGCAAUUCUUUGUCCAACUCAUUUUAGAGCUUUGAAACUCUUGGGUAGUGCUCUUUUUGGGGUUGGGGAAUAUAGAGCGGCUGUCAAGGCCUUGGAGGAGGCCAUUUUUAUGAAACCGGACUAUGCAGAUGCGCAUUGUGAUUUGGCUUCGGCUUUGCAUGCCAUGGGUGACGAUGAUAAGGCAAUUGUGAUAUUUCAGAAAGCCAUUGAUUUGAAACCUGGUCAUGUAGAUGCUUUGUACAAUUUGGGUGGGCUUUAUAUGGACGCGGGUAGAUUUCCGAGAGCUUCUGAGAUGUAUACUAGGGUUUUAGCUGUGUGGCCCAACCAUUGGCGUGCUCAGCUUAACAAGGCUGUGUCCUUGUUAGGAGCUCGGGAAACUGAGGAAGCUAAGAAGGCUUUGAAGGAAGCAUUGAAAAUGACCAACAGGGUUGAAUUGCAUGAUGCCAUUGCACAUUUGAAGCAGCUGCAGAAGAAGAAGGUGAAGGGGAAUGGGGGUGCCAAUGGGGAGGGUUCGUUUGUCGUUGUGGAACCUACAAAAUUUAAGACAGUUGGUGAGAGGACUACAUUGAGGCAAGAGUUGGCCAAUGCACUUGAGAUUAGGGCCUUUCAGAGGAUUACCAGGUUGAGUCGUUGUGAUGUGGAGUUGCUUAAGAAGGAAAUGAAUGAUGGCGAAGUACCUGUUUCAUAUUCUGGUACUGGUGUUCCUCAGAGAUCCAUACGCAAGCCUAACUUAGAAGAAAUUCUCCGCAGGUUACUUGAUUUCCUAAAACCAGAGACUUUUCAAGGAGCUGUUAAAGCCAUAAACGAGAGGAUACUCUCCGUCUUUGAUGAUACGGGCUCAGGCAGAGUGGACUUGGGCAUGUUUUUUGCUGUUCUAGCUCCUAUUUGCAGUGGCCCGCCAGAAAAGCGCAAACGAGUUGCAUUUGAUGCGCUCUUGUGGCGUCCUGUGAACGAAGGUGGUGGUGCUCAGAUAAGAAAAGCCGACGCUACAAGAUAUAUCAAACUGUUGAGAGCCAUAUAUGUUCCUUCCCAUGGGGCUAGUGAGAUUCUGGAACUCCAUGGAGAAGAUCUUUCCAUGAUGACUUUCACAGAGUUUCUUGUCAUGUUUGAUGACACAGAUUGGGGUUUUGGUAUCAUGUCCACGUUGUUGAAGCUUGAAACUGGGGACAGGAACCGCCACGGCAACCGUGUCUGCUCGGUCUGCCGCUAUCCGAUUAUUGGGUCCCGUUUUAAGGAGAUAAAAUCUCAUUUCAGUUUGUGUAAUCAAUGCUACAGCGAGGGAAAGGUGCCUCCUGCCCAUAAGCAGGAAGAGUACAAAUUCAGGGAAUAUGGAAGUGAGGCUGAAGCCAUGAAAGACAAGUGCAAGUGCUUCACAUUGCAAUCCCAUAGUGACCCAUAG